AUGGCGUUGGAUAUAGAAGACAUCUUGAACGAUUCGCUCGAGUUUCUGGACCCCGGAUCAGCCGGCUUUCAUCAAGACGACGGCACGAUCCAGUAUGGCCCCAUCAAAUUAACCGUCGCGCCGAAAGAGGGUAAGGCAAACACGCUUCUCGCCGACCAUCUUUUCUCUCCGUCCUUGCUCUUGGCGGAGCGCGUUGAACGGGGAUUGAUACCGGUCGCUGGCAAGUCUGUGAUAGAGCUGGGAGCGGGUUGCGCGCUGCCUUCAAUAUUGCUAUCAACGCUGCCAGAGCCGCAAGCCCCCAGUCUCGUCAUACCCACCGACUACCCCGACCCGGUCAUCCUCAACAACCUCCAGGGCAAUGUCGAAAGGAACGCAAAUCUGGCCACACCGAGGUGUACGGUAAAAUGGCAAGGCCAUGCAUGGGGUGAAGACACCGACAAGCUGACAACUGCGGCGGAGAGUGGGUACGACAUCGUGAUCCUUUCCGAUCUCCUCCACUUCGACUCCUGUCACCACAUCCUGCUCAAAUCCCUCUUGGCCCUCCUCGCAAAACGGCCAGCAUCACGGAUCUACUGCGCCGCAGGCCGAUAUACCCCGCCUCACGUAUGUGAUGCAUGGCUCGAUCUCUCGCGGGCAUCCGGGAUCGAAUGGAAGGAAGAGACGGAGGAUCCUGAGAGUGCGGAAUGGCGGGGCAAGAUGCCCGUGCUGUGGGGAGGUCGACUCAUGGAUCAGGAAGCGCUCGCGACGAGGAAAGGGAUGUGCCGACUGUGGAUAGGAAAGUGGAAGGAGGGCGCGAUUGCGUAA